AUGGACGACGUCGUGGACGUGGGGGGGGGGGCGGGGCGCGCGGUGCGGGCGACGGUGGUCGUGGCGUCGAUCGCGGCGGAGUACAAGGCGCGCGCGGGUUCGGCGCUCGAGGCGACGCACGCGCGAGGGGCGACGCGGUUGCGAGCGAUGUGCGAAGCGAACGGUGGGUUGUACGUCAAGGCGGGACAGUUCGUCGGCGCGAGUGGGGGGGUGCCGGAGGCGUACGUGCGGGAGUUGAGUCGAUUGCAAGACGACGCGGCGGCGGCGGGACGGGACGCGACGCGCGAGCUCGUUCGGGAGGAGUUCGGGACGUCGCCGGAGGAGCUGUUCGAGACGUUUGAUGAUGUGCCGAUGGCGGCGGCGUCCUUGGCGCAGGUGCAUCGAGCGGUUUUGAGGGGGUCGGGGAAGGAGGUGGCGGUGAAGAUUCAGCGUCCGGGAUUGGCGUCGCAAAUAAAGUCCGACAUAGCGACGAUGCGCGCGCUGUUGCGUCUUACGAAUUUCAUCUUCCCGGAGUUUGACUUUGGAUUCAUGGUGAGCGAGUUCAAGUCUCGGCUGGAAAAGGAGAUUGAUUUCGAAGCCGAGGGGCGAAACUGCGAGCGGGCGAAGAAGGCGUUUGAGGACACGCCGACGGUGGACUCGCCGAGCGUUUUCUGGGACUUCACCACGAAGCGCGUGCUCACGAUGGAGUUUAUUCGAGGGGAGAAAGUGACGAAUACCGAGGCCAUGCGCGCCAAGGGGAUCGAUCUCGAAAAAGCGGCGUUGGCGCUGAGCGACUGUUUCGCGAGGAUGCUCUUGUGCCACGGGUUCAUGCACGGAGAUCCGCAUCCGGGGAACCUCCUCGUACGCUUGCAUCCGGACGGAAGCGGUCGAACGCAGGUCGUCCUCCUCGAUCACGGCUUAUAUUCCGAGCUCAACGAAGACACUCGACGGGCGAUGUGCGAGUUAUGGGAAUCUAUCGCCGUCGGCGACGCCGAACGCGCGUCGCGAGCCUCGGACGCGCUCCGAAUACCGAGCGAGUUCUCGUGGCUCAUGCCAUUGACGUUGGCGAGAAAGACGCCGGACGGAAAACCCAUCGAUCGCGAGGCGUUGCUCAAGCUGUUCGGUGACCGCAGGCCCGGUCUCGGUGAGGCUUCGAUCAUCGGAAACAAUCUCCCAAAGGAGAUGAUGAUUGUUUUGCGAGCGAACGCUCUGGUUCGCAACCUCGUGAAAGCCCUCGGGGACUCUCGCGAGAAAGAGAUGACGGCGCUUGAGAUGAAGCGACAGUGGAGUAACGUGCGAUACGCCUCGCUCGGGAUCGUGCUACCCAAAGCGCUCGGUUCGUCGUCCGCCGCGCGCGCGUCGCCGCUCGUCAAGCUUCGAUGGCGCCUUCGCGAGCUCAGGGUCUUUCUCCGCGCCUCCCGUCGCGCCGCCCGCGCGCUUCGCGCGCAUAGAACUAGCACAAUGGACGUACAUAGCGGAAACGUAGUGAAAUCGUAG